CAGAGGACGUGAGAGCAGGCAAGAUGGAGUGCUGGCACAGAUGAAGACUGUCCCUGGUCCCGUUCGACAGUCCACAUGAGCGUCUCCAAACCCCCACCACCCCCCUCUACCUCUCACCUGGCCAUCCCCCCUUCCUCCACCUCCACCCCUUCCUCAUCCGCCUCCUCCCCCUCUGUGACACCCCACUCCACCGCUCCGCCCCCUCCCUCGCCCGUCAAGAUCUCUAUGCAGGAGCACUUUGCCAUCAAUGUGUGCCCAGGCCCCAUCCUCCCCAUCCCACAGAUCUCAGACUUCUUCCCCCGUUUCCACGAUUACCCCUGCACACCACCGCCUCCGAGGGAAAAGAAGAUCCUGAAAGAGGAGACUUUCAACGGGGAGACGGGCGGGGGAUACAAGGAUGGGGAGAGAAGGGGGGACAACGAUGGAGACAGGGAGGAGGUGUUUGACUCUGAUGAUGAUGACACCUACCUGGGAACGUUGGAGUUCAGCCUGCUCUUUGAUCAGGAGAACAACUGUCUUCAUUGUACUAUUCACAAGGCAAAGGGACUGAAAGCCAUGGACUCCAAUGGGCUGGCUGAUCCAUACGUCAAGCUUCAUCUUCUCCCCGGGGCUAGCAAGGCAAACAAGCUACGCACAAAAACCCUGAAGAAUACACUGAACCCAGUGUGGAACGAAACGCUGGUGUACCACGGCAUCACAGCAGCUGACAUGACCACCAAAACGCUCAGGCUGUGUGUAUGUGACAUGGACAGGCUGGGACGAAAUGAAUUCAUUGGAGAGGUGAGAGUGGCUCUGAAGAAACUGAAGGAGGGUGAGGGCAAACGCUACAAUAUGGGCCUGGAGAGAAUUGCACAGAAUAAAGAAACUAACAAUCAAACGGUGGAGCAGGGGGCGCUUGUGGCGGAGGAGGAGCGUGGCCGCAUCCUGGUGUCACUGUGCUAUAACACGGAGAAGGGCUGUCUGCUGGUUGGAAUCAUACGCUGUGCCCAUCUGGCCGCCAUGGACUCCAACGGCUACUCUGACCCCUUUGUCAAAAUCAUCUUGCAACCAGAUAUGGGAAAAAAGUCCAAGUACAAGACUUCUGUGAAGAAAAAGACUCUCAACCCUGAAUUCAAUGAGGAGUUUUCAUAUGAAGUACCUCUGGACCAGCUGGCAAAGAAAACCCUGGAGAUCUCCGUGUGGGACUACGACUUGGGAAUGAGCAACGACUUCAUAGGUGGAGUGGAGCUGGGCAUCAAUGCAAGUGGACAGAGACUCAGACACUGGUUCGAUUGUCUCAAAAACAAAGGGAAGAAAGUGGAGUACUGGCAUACGCUCACACAGCAAGGAGCCCCGAGCAGUGACAAACCGGACUAGAUUACACAAGACACUCAUGCAUACAUACAUAUGUACACACACACACACAAACUUGUACUUCUAUCUUUGUGAGGGCACUCAAUAACAUAAUACAUUCCCUAGCCCCUUACCUUAACCUUGACCAUCACAACUAAACGCCUAACCCCAAACCUUACCCUAACCCUGACCUAAUUUUAACCUGAACCCUCAAACAGCCUUUUAAAUGUGUGUCAGAAAGUGAGGAGCAGCCGAAAUGUCCUCACUUUCUCAAAAUGUCCUCACUCCCAAAGGUCUGUGACUCAAAUACCUCACAAAGACAAAAGCAUAAGUACACACACACACUCACGUUUGUCUCACUGAGUGAUGGUUGGACCAAGUCAAGCAGUAAUAAGAGCAAAGGAUAAAACAUGCAAUAAUAAUAAUGUUAAAAAUGAAAAUCCUUCAUAUAAUGCCAAUAAUUACAGCACCAAGUAUUAGUAUAUGAUAUUCAUACUAAUAUUAGUGAUGGUAAUAAGGUGUAAUCUGAAAUCAUUUUUUUAAAGGUGAACCAAAAUUGUGACGAUGUCCUCAUUAAAGUGUUGACGUAACAAAACAAUACUCACAAAAUUGUGCUUUAGACCUUACUGUAUUGUGGAAGUUGCUCAUAUUCUGUCAUUCAAAUUUACACCCAAUGAAGAGAUUUGAGACUAAUGUACUCAAAAUUCAUUCAGUGAAAGGGGGCCAGCAGUAUGUGCACCCUAGUGACUCAUAAUGUGGUAUAUAGUUACAGGAGUGGGGAUGUUAUAAAAGGGUGAUUCUGUUCUGAGAAGUCUCUAUUUUAGUGGUUGUUGAUCUGAUGCAAAACAAAACACACCGUAUUAUAAAGCACAAAAUGAUCCAUUUGGUGGAUUUGUACCUUUACUGUUUUGGUGUUCUGGUUCUUACGUCUUUUCAUUGACUUUCAGUGACAGUGGCUCUCUAUACACCUUCAUAUCAGACAUUAACAUGUCAGCAUGUGUGUGUGUGUGUGAGAGAGAGAGUGUGUUUUUGUGUGUGUGUGGAUGAGGGCUAUGAGAAUAUGAGUGCCUACAUUUACUGUCUGUGUAGUGUGUUUCUAUCUGUAUUCAUAUCAUGCCCCAUUCUAAAUGUCUCCAACUUCAGAAGCACAGAGGUGUGAAGAAAUAAUAACAAAGGACAAGAAAGACACAUACAAGAGAGAAAUCCUCUGCCACCACCACAGGCCUCAGUGGUGUGAGUGUCUCUGGCUGAAGGACACUGACAAGCUGUCAAUCAUGUGUGUCAGACCUUUGCCAUCCCUCUCUCCCCUUGCCAGACAGUCAUAGAGCCACGUGAAGAAUGGGAUAUGUCUUGAUACAUAACCUCUGACCGCUCUUUUUGACUUUUCUGAUGAAAGGCUAACGUUGUGUCCGUGGCAGACAGAACGGAUAUUGCUUUUGGAAGUACUGUUUGUACUUUUGCUCCACUCCAGCAUUAUGAACCAGAUUUCAACAGGAUCCAAGCGAGUUUACCUCAGUGACUCAAAUUCAGCUCCAGCAGAGUCACAGAUGAUGUAACAUUUUCUUUCUGCACAGCAAUAUCUUACCAGUAAUAUAUUAUUUGAAAAUUCAGGCAUUUGAUUGGUCCUGUUAUCUGAUCUAUGAGAAUAGAGCCCCCCAAUUCACCCUAGAAGCCUCUCCAUGUGUGAGAAAAAAUUGGCUGAAAUCUGCUUCACCCAUCAGAUGUGAUCAGUUCAUCCCAUUAUUUCUGACCUGUUAGAUAUCAGGUCUAUAGUGGCACAUAUUUAAUUCUUUGGACACGAGACAGGACCGCUGGGACUACUGUGUCCAUGUCUGUGGAAUAUAGGAUUGCCUGCUGAGAUAAACUGUGUGCAGUUAGUAGAAAGGCAGACAUAGAGAAUGGAGCACCCCCCCCCCCCCCCCCCCCCCCCCCGCCCCCUCGUGUUUUAACCUCAGGUGAUAAAAUGAGAUUACACCCUGCAUGGAAACAUAUUUGUUGGUGGGGGACAGUGGAUAAUCAUAGACCAAGAUCCAAGAUAUUGAGAAGCUAUGCUUGAUUGCACACUUAAUAACCUACGUGUGUUAUGUGUCUCGAUGCACAUAUCUGCAUAUUGAUGGUGUAUAUGGGCCAGCUUGUUGCUGAAUUCCAUUAAUGCCUGCCAAGAUAUCAAAUGCAUUCCCGCGGUUCAUCUAUCACUAUUGCUCUGGCCAUACAAUGGUUCACAAAAGCCUACGCACAGUCAGUCAGUGGCCUCCGGGACUUUUCUAACUGUUGAAUCGAUCCGGCUGCUCAUAUUCUUGGUGUCCUUCGACAACCUUGUGAAUGUCUCAUCGUUGACUGCAAAAAAAUGGAUCCUUCGGUGGUGAAUUAGGUUUCGAAUAAAAAGGGCUUGGGCAUUUGGAAAGCUUGGAACUAAACUAUAUGCUACAACAGUAAACUGAAACGCAUUUUAAGUUAGACAUUAAAAGGAUUUUUUUUUAAAAA